UACCCAUCAGUGACCAUAAUUUGUCUCUAUGUAAGCAACCUACACCAUACACACGGUUUCAGAAGCUAGAGAAACAUGGAGGGGAUCAUCCACAGAACGGUGACUGUGAAUGGUAUCAACACGCACAUAGCUGAGAAAGGUGAAGGCCCGAUCAUUCUAUUUCUCCAUGGAUUCCCACAGCUCUGGUACUCAUGGCGCCAUCAGAUUCUUGCUUUAAGCUCGCUUGGAUACCGUGCUGUUGCCCCAGACCUUAGAGGGUAUGGUGAUAGUGAUGCUCCAGCUUCAAGCAGUAACUAUACCUCUCUCCACAUUGUUGGUGACCUUAUAGCGCUUAUUGAUCAACUUGGAUCAGAUCAAGUGUUUCUUGUUGCUCAUGAUUGGGGUGCCAUUGUUGGAUGGUACUUGUGCUUGUUCAGACCUGAUAGGGUGAAGGCAUUUGUUUGCCUUAGUUUUCCUUAUAGGCCAAGAAAUCCAAAGAUGAAACCUGUGCAGGGCUUCCGACUUCUCCACGGCGAUGACUACUAUGUCUGCAGAUUUCAGGAACCUGGGGAAAUAGAAGCUGAAAUAGCACGUGUAGGUACUGCAGAAGUUCUAAAGAAAAUUUGGGCAAUUCGCAAACCAGGUGCCCCUUGCAUGCCCAAAGAAAAUGCAUUUGAAAUCAGUCCAGAGAAUCCAGCAACGUUACCCUCAUGGCUUAAAGAAGAAGAUCUUGCUUAUUAUGUCUCCAAAUUUAAUCAGAAAGGCUUCACUGGAGGGUUAAACUACUACAGAGCGCUGGACUUGAACUGGGAGCUCACAGCCUCGUGGAAUGAGGCAGAAGUGAAAGUGCCUGUAAAAUUCGCAAUUGGGGAUAUGGACAUGGUGUAUACAACUCCAGGGAUGAAGGAAUAUAUACACAGCAGUGGUUUCAGGCAUUACGUACCUUUAAUGGAGGAUAUUGUGGUGAUGGAAGGAGUUGGUCACUUCAUCAACGAGGAAAAAGCAGUGGAAAUCAACACUCUCGUUUAUGAUUUCAUCAGGAAAUAUUAAUCACCCUUCGUUGUCUAUUUCCUGGUGCCUAUCUUGUUUUAAGUUCCAAGCUUCCUUUAUCUUUCACCUAGUUAUUUCAAGAUUCCAAUUAUGUUGCCGACUAGCCGGGCACCAUAGAGCACUAAUAGUCCAAUGGAUGUAUGCUUUUAACUAUAUUUGAAGAAUAAAUUCGGCAUCAGUUCAUCACUUCACCAUAAAAA